CUUCUCUUCCGUUGCCGCACUUGCUUUCGCUUCUCCUCCUCAGUUGUUUGGAUUUACGUUUUAAGCUAAUCUUCAAGAUGCAAAACGAAGAGGGUCAGGUCACAGAGUUAUACAUUCCUAGGAAAUGCUCUGCUACUAACCGGAUGAUCACAUCGAAGGAUCACGCCUCUGUGCAGCUCAACAUUGGUCAUUUAGAUGCUGAUGGUGUCUACACCGGACAGUUCACAACCUUGGCUCUUUGCGGUUUCGUUCGUGCCCAGGGAGAUGCUGACAGUGGUGUCGACAGGCUAUGGCAGAAGAAGAAGGUUGAAGCUAAGCAAGUCUAAGAUGUUUUGUCUUUAGUUAUUUUGUUAUCUCUUUAUUUUAAAGAUCAUUAAGACAUAAACUGGAGUAAUGUUUUUUUUUUGCUUGACUCUUUUGUUUUAAUGCUAUUGGUGAUGAUGAUGCAUUUGAUUUGCUUCUCAUUUAUAUCUGAUUCAGUUUUGCGGA